AUGACUGCAAAACGUAUCGACAGAGAUUACCCUUCUUCCGGCGAUCCCUUCGCCGUUAAACGCCGUAAAGACCUCGACUUCGCCGACGAGACCACACUCGAAGACGACGGCGGCGCAAUCAACCUCCUCAGCCUGUUGCUCCAAUGCGCCGAAUACGUCGCGACGGAUCACCUCCGUGAAGCUUCGACCCUCCUGUCGGAAAUCUCCGAGAUAUGUUCUCCGUUCGGCUCCUCACCGGAGCGAGUCGUCGCCUACUUCGCACAGGCUCUGCAAGCUCGCGUGAUCAGCUCAUACCUUGCCGGAGCGUGUACUCCACUAUCCGAGAGUCCGCUCCUCACCGUUUUCCAGUCCCAGAAGGUCUUCGCCGCCCUGCAGACGUUCAACUCCGUGAGCCCUCUGAUCAAAUUCUCUCAUUUCACGGCGAAUCAAGCGAUCUUCCAGGCGCUUGAAGGCGAGGAUUCCGUCCACAUCAUCGAUCUCGACGUGAUGCAAGGUCUUCAAUGGCCUGGACUCUUCCACAUCCUCGCCUCCCGUCCUCGCAAACUCCGAUCAAUCCGAAUCACCGGAUUCGGCUCCUCCUCCGAUCUCCUCGCCUCCACUGGCCGGAGACUCGCCGGCUUCGCGGCUUCCCUGUCCCUCCCGUUCGAGUUUCAUCCAAUCCAAGGCAAAAUCGGAAACAUAAUCGACGCGAGUCAACUCGGGACGAGACCCGGCGAGGCUGUGGUGGUCCACUGGAUGCAGCACCGGUUAUACGACGUCACCGGGAGCGAUAUCGAUACGCUGGAGAUUCUGCGGAGGCUGAAACCGAAUCUGGUAACGAUGGUGGAGCAGGAAUUGAGCUACGACGACGGAGGAAGCUGCUUUCUAGGGAGAUUCGUGGAGGCGCUGCAUUAUUACAGCGCGUUGUUCGACGCGCUUGGAGACGGGCUAGGCGAGGAGAGUGGAGAGAGGUUCACGGUGGAACAGAUUGUGCUUGCGACGGAGAUAAGGAACAUAGUCGGGGGAAAGAAGAGGAUGACGAUGAGGUGGAAGGAGGAGCUGAGUCGGGUCGGAUUUAGACCCGUUUCUCUUCAGGGCAACCCGGCAACGCAAGCGGGUUUGUUGUUGGGUAUGCUGCCCUGGAAUGGAUACACGUUGGUGGAAGAGAAUGGAACCCUCCGUCUCGGUUGGAAGGAUCUCUCGCUUUUGAUUGCUUCCGCCUGGCAAUUUCAGCCGUCCGAUUGA